CUGACACUCCCAAUAAUCCAACAAAUCACAUUUGUCCAAAUUCGAAGUUUCUUUUUUCUUUCCUUUUGACUUAAUAUCAAAUUGUUUUUUUUCCCCCUAAUAUCGGGAAAUUCGAACGAGACCACAAAAUCCCGCUCCUCCUCCUCCUAUUUCAGCAACACACUCUCACCCUUCUCCAUUGGAGGUUGUCUCUCUCAAGCUCGCAAUUCGAUUUUUCUGAGCUAAGGCCGGUGGAGAUUUCCAAAUUAAAAAAAAAAGAACAGAAAAGAAGAAAUGAAUAGAGCUUCUUCAAGGCAUCCUAAAGCAAACAAAGAAACAAUCUCUACUUCGAAAAUCCAACAACAUAAUGUGAGAGUCACGAGAUCACGAGCUAAGGCCUUAGGAGCGUCGAUAUCUCCAUCUUUGAAACAGGAACCAAAGCUUGUCCCUAUAGCUACUAAAAAACGAAUGGCAUCAUCAGAUGUUACAGCCUUAAAUCAUAAGAGACGGGCGGUGCUCAAGGAUGUGACUAACACUUUGUCAGAAAAUAUUUGUACACAAGGCGAUGUUAAGGCUAGCAAGCGAGACCGAAGAGAGACGACGACUAAGCACAUUUUGGUAGAUGUGGAUGCUGAAAAAUCAAAACUAGCAGAAGAUUUGUCAAAGAUUAGGGUGGUUGAAUCCUUAGAUGCCUCUGCUCGAAUCUCCAAAGAUGGACAAGUUACUAAGCCAAAAGAAGAAGGAUCUCGUGUCAGAGAUUGUCUUCAGGUUGUAGAUAUAGAUUCCAAUGUCCAGGAUCCCCAGCUCUGUAGCUUAUAUGCUGCAAGUAUAUAUGACAGCAAUCAUGUUGCAGAGCUUGAACAAAGACCUUCAAGUAGCUACAUGGUGCAAGUGCAGCGAGAUAUCGACCCCAACAUGCGUGGGAUUCUGAUUGAUUGGCUUGUGGAGGUUUCUGAAGAGUACAGGCUGGCUUCAGAUACGCUUUACCUUACAGUGAACCUAAUUGAUCGGUUCCUGUCCCAUAAUUACAUCGAAAAGCAUAGGCUCCAGCUGCUUGGUGUCACUUGCAUGCUAAUAUCCUCCCACCGAAGAAAAUACGAAGAGAUUUGUCCACCGCGGUUAGAGGAGUUUUGCUUCAUUACAGACAACACAUACUCAAGACUAGAAGUACUGAGCAUGGAGAUUCAAGUCUUAAGCUUUCUCCACUUUCGGUUAUCAGUUCCUACCACCAAAACGUUUCUCAGGCGGUUCAUUCAAGCAGCUCAAGUUUCUGACAAGGUUCCCCACAUUGAGAUGGAGUGCUUAGCAAACUAUAUUGCAGAGCUGACUCUCGUGGAAUAUACUUUCCUACGGUUCCUGCCUUCUCUAGUUGCCGCUUCUGCUGUUUUUUUAGCAAGGUGGACGCUUGACCAGUCUAACCAUCCUUGGAACCCAACUCUGCAGCACUAUACCAGAUAUGAGACGGCCGCUCUAAAAAACACAGUUGUUGCAAUGGAGGAUUUGCAGCUUAACUCCAGUGGAAGCACCCUCAUUGCUAUAAGGAAUAAAUACAACCAAGAAAAGUUUAAAAGAGUGGCAACACUAACAUCUCCUGAGCGUGUCACAACACUCUUCUCAAGAUGAAACCGCGCACUGGGUCCUAGUUUCAGCAAUCAUUUUUGGUCUCUUCAGUUAUGGAAUAUAGUUUCGAUGUAAGCUGUCUGUCUAUGUUGCCUGUAACUGUUGUUCUAUAUAGUGUCACUUCCUGAUGCUUCCAGGCAGUGACAUGUCAUGGAAAAUUGUAAAACCAAACAUAAUUUUGUCCCCUUAAUAAUAAAGCAAGUAGUUCAAGC